UAUACUUUGGAAGUAGAGAACCCAAACGCCCUACCCCCUCCUCCUCCUCCUCCACCUUUUUCUUCCCCAAUAUAAUAUACAGCAACCAUGGGCUCUAUCAGCUGCAGGCACUUCACAUUCUUGCUGAUCAUUGUUCUUCUUAUUUGGUCUUCAAGCAUGGAAGGUUGCUAUGCAAGAAGAGGCAAGCAUUGGAGGCAGAGCAGAGGCAUUGGAGUUUCUUUGUCCAAGAAGAAAGGAAAAAUUCAUGGCACUGGUUACCAUCAUGGCCAUGUUAACAAAUCGAAAAAGAAAACUCCAUCCCCAAAAGCACCACCGGCAUUCUCACCACCCUCUUCAACACCAUCACCACCGAUAUCAUCAAGGCCAUCACCUCCCAUCCUCGCACCAAGGCCACCACAGAAAGGUUAUGGAAAUGCACCUUCUACUUCCAUCUUCAAUGUGUUAAAUUUUGGAGCCAAGGGGGAUGGAACCACAGAUGAUACCAAGGCGUUCCAAGCAGCAUGGGCAGCCGCUUGUAAAGUUGAGGCAUCAACGAUUGUUGUCCCAUCAGAUUCUGUAUUCCUUGUGGGCCCAAUUUCGUUCUCUGGCCCUUAUUGUCAGCAUGACAUUGUAUUCCAGUUAGAUGGCACAAUAAUUGCACCAACAAACACUCGUGCCUGGGGCUCAGGUACUUUACAGUGGCUUCAGUUUACAAAGCUGGUGGGAAUUACAAUUCAGGGAAGUGGCACAAUUGAUGGAAGAGGUGCAGCAUGGUGGCAAGAUUCCCCACUUCAACAUCCUGUAGACAGCGAAUCAAAACUAAUUGUCCCGUUGAACGGAACAGUAGGAAGAAAUCCAUCAAUUCCUAUCCAGGGCUCUCUAGGUGGAAAAAUGCCGAGCAUAAAACCAACGGCACUAAGGUUUUAUGGAAGCUUUAAUGUGUCCGUCACAGGCAUAACAAUUCAAAACAGUCCUCAGUGCCACCUCAAGUUUGAUACUUGCAUUGGAGUUUCAGUGUAUAACUUCAGUGUUUCAUCUCCUGGAGACAGUCCCAACACAGACGGAAUUCACUUACAGAAUUCAAGAGAUGUGCUUAUCCGUAGUACCAACGUUGCUUGCGGAGAUGACUGUGUAUCAAUACAAACUGGAUGCACAAACGUGUACAUUCAUAACAUAAACUGUGGGCCAGGACAUGGAAUCAGUAUUGGAGGCCUAGGAAAAGAUGAGACCAGAGCUUGUGUUUCGAACAUCACAAUCCGAGAUAUCAUUAUGCAUCAGACCAUGAAUGGUGUCAGAAUAAAGACGUGGCAGGGAGGAUCAGGUUCAGUGCAAGGAGUUCUGUUUUCAAACAUUAUAGUGUCCGAGGUCCAACUUCCUAUUGUAAUUGAUCAAUUCUACUGUGACAAGACUACAUGCAAGAAUCAAUCAUCGGCUGUGGCUCUAUCAGGAAUCCACUACGAGAACAUAAGAGGAACAUACACAGUAAAACCAGUGCAUUUGGCAUGCAGUGACAACGUUCCCUGCACGCAAGUAACUCUAAAUGAUAUUGAACUAAAACCGCUGCAAGAACGCUACCAUAUGUAUGACCCCUACUGUUGGCAGACAUUUGGGGAGCUGUAUUCUCCUACUGAACCUCCAAUUGAGUGCUUACAGAUCGGUAAGCCACCAGGCAACAGGAUUCAAGCAGAUCAUGAUUCAUGUUAGAUAUUGUAUAUUGGUUGCAUUUAUUUGAGUGGUCGGCCUCUUUCUUCCGACCCUUUCACACCAUCAGUAGAAAUUAGUCCAUAUGUUAGAAUACAUACUAUACCGAUAUUAUUAGUAUUUACCAGGAUAUUAUGAGCUUCAUUGGUUCGAUAUACAACAAUUUAGUAGCUUAGAGUGUGAUAGUAAAAAAUAUUGAAGCUUUGUCUACUAUGUUAAAUAUGUCAGCAGGUCAGUUUGACCUACAGCUUGAUAAUGUAUCUGCUAUGCAUAGUGCAGUUUUAAAUCUAUACAA